AUGGACGAUUACCAGAGUCUCGUCGUGGCACAAUUCUUCGAGCCACUACCAAACCUCUCCCAGAUAUCGUGUGAUCAAUUUGUCUUACACCAUAUUGCCCCGAUAUUUCUUCCCAACACUACCGGCAAGGUAGACGUUCAACCCAGCGCUUUCCAGGGAAGCAUGAGCUAUACUACUAUAUUACAUACUCACUCCACACACGCCAACCAGCACAAGGCCGUCCAGUUUCGAAGCGAAAAGCAAGACCUCUUCGGAGUCACCGAAGCCAGCCGCAUUCAUGGACCUAUUGUACCCUUGGUAACAUACCAGGGCAUGUACGAAGAGCUGUUUGUAUAUAUAUCGCCUCUUGCAGAAGGGAUACCGUAUAUCAAUGUCUUGUUAUCUUCUCGGGACUUUGAUAUACCGCUCCAGCAGAAGAUGGUGACUGUUAUGGACCUCGCAGACCUGGUUACUCGGGGAGCCAGAGCGAACACUACUAUAUCCGACACUACCGUAUCAGACCUUACCUCUACUCUUGAUGAAAUCCGUCAUACGGUCAAUAACCACGUUUUCCAAAAUACAAGUCUUAGAAACAGGAUUUCUACUUGUAUCAGCGAACUCCUACCACAGCUACAGGAUCUCGCCGUCCUCCCUAUCGCCCUUACCCACCAGGAUCUCGCUCCAUUCAAUUACCUCAUCGAAGAGUCCACGGGUCGGGUUCGAGCUGUACUCGACUGGGAUGGUGCUUUAUACCUCCCAGUUGGGUCAAAUUUCCAUUUUAUGGAUAAUCUCUUUGGGUUCAUGACGCCAAGUGGCUGGCAUGACACGGAGGAUCGCCAGGAACUCGAGACGGCGUUUUACGAUCGGGCUCUGGCUAGUCUUGCUACCCAGGGACUUGGGGGAAUGACAAAAGAGCAACUGGAGUCACAGAAGGCGAUCGGGAUGUUACGGUACGGCGUGGAGCGGCUUCUCAGGUUGAAAGACGAACAAUCCGAGCGCUAUCUAGAUGGUUACCUUCGGGGGCUAUCGUAUUAG